AUGUGCCUGUCAGCCACGGUGGCACAUGCCAACAAGGUGCGUGUGGGCUCCACACCCCUGGGAAGACCCAGCUGCUGUGUGCCCGCCAGCUGCCACACGGCCUGCCCCCUGCCAGGGACCUGCAACAUCCCUGGCAAUAUUGGCAGCUGUGGGCCCUAUGGCGAAGGUGCCCUGAAUGGCCACGAGAAGGUGACCAUGCAGUUCCUGAAUGACCGGCUGGCCAACUACCUGGAGAAGGUGAGGCAGCUGGAGCGUGAGAACGCGGAGCUGGAGAGCAAGAUCCAGGAGUGGAGCAAGUGCCACGAGUCCACGCUGUGUCCCGACUACCAGAGCUACUUCCGCACCGUGGAGGAGCUGCAGCAGAAGAUCCUGUGCAGCAAGGCUGAGAAUACCAGGCUGAUAAUCCAAAUCGACAAUGCCAAGCUGGCAGCUGAUGACUUCAGAAUCAAGCUCGAGAGUGAGCAUGCGCUGCGCCAGGUGGUGGAGGCGGACAUGUGCGGCAUGCACAAGCUGCUGGACGACCUGAGCCUGGCCAAGGCCGACCUGGAAGCCCAGCAGGAGUCCCUGAAGGAGGAGCAGCUCAGUCUCAAGCAGAAUCACGAGCAGGAAGUGAGAAUCCUGAAGUCCCAGCUUGGGGACAGGCUGCGGAUCGAGGUGGACACGGAGCCCACUGUGGACCUGGCCAGGGUGCUGGCGCAGAUGCGGUGCCAGUACGAGACCAUGGUAGAGACCAACCGCCAGGAUGUGGAGCAGUGGUUCCAGGCCCAGUCAGAGGGCAUCAGCCUGCAGGCCACGUCAUGCUCUCAGGAGCUGCAGUGCUGCCAGUCGGAGAUCCUGGAGCUGCGCUGCACAGUGAAUGCCCUGGAGGUGGAGCGCCAAGCCCAACACAACCUGAAAGACUGCCUGCAGAACUCCCUGUGUGAGGCUGAGGCCCGCUUCGGCACAGAGCUGGCCCAGAUGCAGUGUCUGAUCAGCACCGUGGAGGAGCAGCUGGCUGAGAUCCGCAGUGACCUGGAGCGGCAGAACCAGGAGUACCAGGUGCUGCUGGACGUGAAGGCGCGGCUGGAGUCGGAGAUUGCCACGUACCGGAACCUCCUGGAGAGCGAGGACUGCAAACUGCCCUGCAACCCGUGCUCCACUCCACCAUCCUGUGUGGCACCCCCAUGUGCUCCCCGUCCAGGCUGUGCCCCCCGCACCACCUGUGGGCCCGGUUCAGUCUGUGGAGUUGGCACGGGGGGUCGAUUCUGA